AUGGUCUUACAGCGAGACUUCUACGUCGACGAUGUUCUCACAGGAGCCGACACAAAGAACGAGGCACAAAUACUGAGAACGGAGCUCAUAGAAUUGCUUAAACUAGCCGGCUUAAACAUCCGAAAAUGGGCAGCGAACGACCGGGAACUGCUACGAGGACUUUCCGAGCAGGACAUAAACGAUAAGCUGCUACUAGGCGAAUCGCAAACUUUCAAAACUCUGGGUGUUGUUUGGAAUUCUUUUGACGAUUCGAUCCUAUAUUCCGUCAAAAUCAAUCCUACCGCCUCUCGAAUUACGAAGAGAACAAUCAGCUCCGAAAUUGCCAAGAUCUACGACCCUCUUGGAUUACUGGCACCAGUGAUCGUUCGUGCUAAGAUGUUGCUCCAACGACUUUGGACUUUAAAACUUGACUGGGACAAAUCUCUUCCGGCUGACGUACACACAGAAUGGAGCAAAUAUUAUUCACAGCUACCUUUGCUAAAUAACGUGAAGUUUCCACGUAAAACUAUAAUCAAGACUGCAGCGGAAAUCGAAUUACACGGAUUCUACGACGCCAGCGAAAGGGCGUAUGGGGCAUGCGUCUACCUUCGCACCAUCGCUCCGGAUGGUCAUGUUUGGACACGACUCCUCACUGCAAGGUCAAAGGUGGCUCCACUCAAAUCACAAACCAUUCCAAGGCUGGAACUGAGUGGAGCACUUCUUCUCGCAUCAUUGGCCACUACAGUCCUUCAAGCGUUACCAAGCAACAUUUCUCAGACCGUUUACUGGACUGAUUCUACAAUCGUUCUACACUGGAUUAAUACAUCACCUCACACGCUGAAAACCUUGGUCGCCAAUCGUGUGACAGAGAUUCAACAAAAGACUCACACCUCAGAUUGGCGCCACAUUCCCACUACCGAUAACCCUGCCGAUCUCAUAUCUCGAGGCCAAUCACCCCAAGACUUCCUGCGAUCUACCAUUUGGCAACAUGGACCAGAAUGGCUCCAACAACCUGAAAAAUACUGGCCGUCGUGGAACCCAGUACCAUUAGUUGAAAUACCAGAGCAAAAGAAGGCAACAUGUCUGUCCGUGACUCCGCCUGACCACAGUCUACUGGAGAGAUAUUCUUCUUGGCCCAAGCUGAUAAGAAUUGCCGCUCGUUGCCUCAGAUGGAGGCAAAAACAGGAUCGGGGGGGACCUCUAACCACACAUGAUUUAACCGAUGCGCAUAACAAAUUGGUCAAAUUGUUACAACUCUGUUAUUUUCCAGAUGAAAUACGUACUCUCCGCACAGAUCGAAAUGCUGCAGUGAAGGGGAAGCUGCAACGACUCAAUCCAUUUCUGGACAAGGACGAGAUAUUGCGAGUCGGAGGCCGACUCAGUUAUUCACCAAUGCCCUUCACUCAAAAACACCUAAUCAUUCUACCCAAAUCCUCAGUUACAGCACUCAUAAUCGAGCAUGAACACCUCCUAAAUCUCCACUCCGGAACUCAAGCUACCUUAUAUGCCCUAAGGAGAUCUUACUGGCCUAUCGACGGCCGUAGUCAAGUUUGGAGCACGCUGAAGAAGUGCGUACGUUGCUGCCGAGCCAAUCCACCUCCAGUAGAGUACGUAAUGGGCGACCUUCCAGCUGCACGGAUAACGGAAUCUCUCAAAGCAGUCCACCUCGAGCUGGUCACCGAUCUCACUAGCGAGGCCUUCAUUGCUGCUCUGCGAAGAUUCAUCGCUCGCCGAGGAUUCUGUGUAACAAUUUAUUCUGACAACGGCACCAACUUCGUUGGCGCCAACAAUGAAUUACGAGAGCUCCGAAACCUCCUGCAGUCCGACGAUCAUAAGGUAAGGAUUCAGUCCUUUUUAGCCGAUCGACGAAUCGAAUGGCACUUCAUUCCUCCCAACUCACCUCACUUCGGCGGGCUGUGGGAGGCUGCGGUGAAGUCCUUCAAACGACAUCUCAGACGUGUCGCAGGUAACGAGCUCUUAACAUACGAAAAUUUGAACACACUGAUCAUUGAAAUCGAGUCUAUCCUCAACUCCCGUCCUCUGACUCCAAUAUCAUCUGACCCAAACGAUCUUCUUGUCCUUACUCCCGGUCACUUCCUCAUCGGAGAUGCACUAACAAGCUUUCGAGAACGAGAUUUCCAGGAUACUCCAUCCAAUCGUCUCUCCAGCUGGCAACAUAUUCAAAGGAUCAAACAACAUUUCUGGCGCCGCUGGCAUCGAGAAUACCUGAACGAGCUGAACAUCCGAAAUAAAUGGAGCAAGGGCAGUCACGACAUCCGAGUAGGCACCGUAGUAGUCCUCAGGGAGGAUAACCAGGAGUCAAAGAAGUAUUUAGUUGAUGGCUAUCAAUUGCUGAAGUACGAACCAAAAGUUCUACCGGAAGGAAAAAUAGCUCAACAUGCAGAACAAAAUUUACACGAAAUAAAUAAGCUCUUAAAACGAUUCAAUGUAACAUAA